UUGACUCCAAAUAAGAUACAAACUGAGAUUUACCGGCCGUUUCUCCGCUUUAGUGGCAUGCACAAGUUUAACGCUUCCACCGUCCCAAACUAACGUUAAACGACGUUGAUCGUGAUUAUGAUGAACUUAAGCACAAAUGCCCAUUGUGGCAGUCACACUAGCAAAGAAAACAUCCCACCUUCAAGCAAAACAGAUGCACUGCAGGUCCAGAGAGCCAAGCAGAGGACUGUCCUCGGUGUCCUGUCAGAGAAUGAGCAACGUGGUCGACCCUUUAGCCAGGGCAGCCAAUUUUCCAAACACAGUUCGAUCUCAGACAGCUCCCUGCUCGUGUUCCUCGGCCAUCCCUCCAGUUCCAGCUUCGAUAUUUAUGUUGAAGAGGCUUGUGAAGUUGUUCUUGCUGCUUCUGGUCAAGAAGUUGUUUCAGACAGCUGUUACCUUGAUUCUGAAACUGAUGCCCUGCAAAAUGAAGAUUUUAGACUCCUGCUGGAACUGAGUUCAGGUUCAUGCCAGGAUGCUUCUGUGCAGUCUGAAGCAGAUGAAUCUCUGAUGUCAGAGGAGGUGCUGUGUGUGUCCGAGUAUGCAGAGGACAUUCACCUGCACUUGAGGGAGCGUGAAUUGAGGUCCAGGCCAUGGCCAGGCUACUUAGAGAAACAUAAAGACAUCUCCAAUGGCAUGCGGGUCAUCCUGGUGGACUGGAUGGUGGAAGUCAUUGAGGAAUAUAAGCUUCGUUCUGAAACCCUGCACCUUGCUGUCAACUAUUUAGACCGCUUUCUCUCCCUCACUGCAAAUGUGAAACGGAGCAGACUGCAGCUGGUUGGCACAGCUGCAUUGAUGAUAGCUGCAAAAUAUGAGGAGAUCUUCCCUCCAGAGCUGAACGAGUUUGUGUACACCACAGACAGCACCUACACCAAGAAGCAGCUGGUGCGGAUGGAGCAUGUGCUCCUAAAAGUGCUGUCUUUCGAGAUGGCAGCCCCCACCACAAACCAGUUUCUCCGCCUUUUCAUGUCCAUCCAUUCUGUCUGUGCCAACACUGAGAAUCUUGCCCUGUAUGUAGCAGAGUUAAGUCUGAUGGAAGUUGAUCCAUUCCUGAAGUACACCCCAUCUAUAGUGGCAGCUGGAGCCUACUGCCUCGCCACCUACACAGUGAGCAAAUCUUUGUGGCCUGAUUCCUUACAUGCCUUUACUGGUUAUACCACGGCUGAAAUUGUGCCCUGCCUGACUGAUCUCCACAAGCUAUACAUCAGCGCAGAGAGUCGCCCACAACAGGCCAUCAGGGAUAAGUAUAAGAGUUCAAAGUAUUGUCGUGUUUCAUUGAUCACUGCACCUGCUGUUCUGCCUUUCUCAUGAAUAACUGCUCCACCCGUCCUCUAAUACUUCUGCCAGAGCCUAAUUAGAUUGAGAAAAAAACAAACACACCCGAUUCUACUGCCAAUCCCAUAUAUGCUUCUCUCCU